AUGCUUGCGUUGCAGACUCUCCUUGCAUAUGGCCUAUGGCUCAGCGUCACUGAUGCGGCGGUAUCAGUACCGGCGCAAACAGACGAGGUCUGCUAUACAAAGCGUGCCACGGCAGCCGUCAAAUCUGUGCCGACACAUAUUCUGAAUACAGCAUGGACCGUUCCUCAGCUUGGUUUGACUACCUAUACCCCUUCUGUGGUUAAAACUCCAUCCAAGGUUACUACGACUACGACCCUUCUGAGUACUGCAACAUAAUUCUUGACAUUACCAACUUCCACUGUCAGUUAUCAUGUUCUCUUUCAUGUGGAGUUUCUGAUUUCUUCCAGAAUACGUUCACCUCAUACAGCAGUAUCACUACCAUAAGCACGCUAAAUAUCCCUCUUUCGACGAUUUCAGUAUAUACAACCAUAACACAAACAGUUACCUCGGGAACGGAUACCUCCAUUCUUCCUACUCAAACAGGGUACCUUCCUACGAAGUCCACUAUUCUUAAGGCCGAAUUGUUUGCGGCUAAGAAGCGCGCUGUGUCUCGAGUCCAAAGAGGACUAAUCGGUAUGCUUCUCGGCGAUACAGGAAUCCUAGGCAGUACAAAACAAAAAACUCUGGAUCGUUCACAAAGAGGCAAACCUAGCUAUCCAGUCGCGAUUACAUGUUACAAGAAAAGUUAUUUCUUAUCAGGUGUAUAUGAUUACCUUUACUGCAAUGAAAAUCACGACCGUUACAGCACCAACACCAACGUCAAUUGUGACAACUAUAAGCAGUGAGAAGCUUCAUUUCCAAGCCAAGUUUUGAUGGUUUACUGACGAACCCAAGAAACUACUGCAACGAUUACUUUGAGCCCACCCGUUGCGUUGACUACUCUCAUAUUCACGACAUUGAUCACUGAGACUUUUACAAACGCUCCAAGCACCACAACGACUCUUACUGUCUCACAGACGGUGACGAUUCCAAUAGCCACGUCCAUUUCUUAUGGAGCAGCUAAUGGCAAUAAGUAAGUCAAACCGAUUCCCCUCCAACAAUACAAGUGAACUGACACAACACCCGCAGUUCUGUUGGCCGUGCAAAUGGAGCGUAUAUCACAAACACCUAUUACGAUUCCAGCACUCAAAAUGUCGUAUACACAGACGACACAGACAUGACCUCCUGCAGCAACUCAUGUUUCUCAACUCCAAGUUGCGCCCAGUAUCAACUUAUCACUUACAAUGCUCCGCCGGAGAUGUGCAUGUUGGUCAUCACCAAUGAUGCAUGUAACACACCCAACAUGGUUCCAGGCAAUUCCGUGAGUGUAGACGGUGGAGCUGGACCUGGCGAUGUGGUAGUGGUUGGCAAUGGGAUCUGUGGGAAAUGGGACAGCGUCAGUUCUUAA